GAUGUAGAGACUGUACGUCCAGACAGCAAUCUCUUGCCCCAAAACUAAUAUUAAAAAAUGAGAGGGAGAGCUCCUUUUUCCCACUGUAUUUCUGUGAUUACCACUACUACUUACCCCUUCUUGAAGGAUUUGGAAACUAUAGAGUCUUGAUAGAGCAGCAGAAGAAACAGGUGAAGCCGUGAAGUCAAAGUGAAAGUGUGAGAGAAACAAUUGAAAGAUUGGUUUGUCGUUUCAGAGGUGAGCACUGCGGAGCUAAAAUGAAUCCAGACAAGAAGGCUUCUGAGAUUGCGGCGCUAUUGAAUCUGCAGCCUCACCCGGAAGGAGGUUUCUACUCUGAAACCUUCAGAGAUUCCUCAAUUACUCUCCUCAAGUCGCAACUUCCACCCGAAUUCAAGGUUGAUCGCCCCGUCAGCACAAGCAUUUACUUCUUGCUGCCAUCAGGGAGUGCCUCACGCCUCCAUCGUAUUCCAUCUGCAGAAACCUGGCAUUUUUACAUGGGAGAACCUCUCACGGUACUGGAGUUGAGCGACGAUGGCCACAUCAAGAUGACCACCCUGGGGCUUGACCUAGGAGUGGGCCAGCGACCCCAAUACACUGUACCUCCAAAUGUGUGGUUUGGUUCAUAUCCAACUAGGGAUGUUGAAAUUUCACCAGAUGGUAACUCAUUAGUUAUGGCUCCACAAAGGGAUGCGGAGAACCACUUCUCCCUCGUUGGGUGCACCUGCUCUCCAGCUUUCCAGUUUGAAGAUUUUCAGUUGGCAAAACGCAAUGAGCUGAUUGCAAGUUUUCCAAAACUGGAGUCUCUGAUCGCGUACCUGACCUUUCCCAACUGAUCAAUGUGCAGGCAGCAGUAAUGAAAUCUGGAUUGAAUGCUUGAGUUCUGUUCGAAAAACAUUUUAUGAACUCACUUCCUUUCUCUCUUCCAACCAAGACAUGGCCACAAACAAAACCACCCUCCAAUGGCUAUUGUUUGUCACAGAGGACUUUCACCAAUGCCUAUUCGCAUUGGGGAUGGAUAUGGUUCUCCUACUGGAUGGACAGUAUCAUAAUCUUAAUCACAUGGCCACCACUGUAUUGGACUAUUUGCUUUAUUUUGCACAAGUAUUACAGAUUUUCAUACUUAA